AACAUUAUUUUAUUUAGAUUGUUUUAGUACAUCUAGUUAAUUUUUAUGACAUCGUAGGAUAUUGAAAAAUAAAAAAGUCUCGAAUUAUUUUUAAAGAUCGUUUACUAUGAAUAAGUGUUCAAGGUUACUUAGUUGGAGUCGUUUAGCUUUAGGAGUAGCUUAUUGUCAAACAAAAACCACUAACCCUGAUAAGGUCGAACAACCAAUUGAUAAAGGAUUGAAACAAAUAGCCGAACUGACUCAAAAAAAAUAUAUGUUACAACAUACAUGUACUUUAUCAGUAGACAGUUCUUGUCAAAUAAUUACAAUAGCACUAGCUGCACUCAAUAAUGCAUCACAAAAAUACAAAGAUGAACUAAUUAAGAGUAUGGAAUUAAUAAAACACAAUUAUUGGUAUGAUGACAAAUCAGAAAAUGAUUUUAUGAAAUCUCAAUACGAUAUUGCAAAUGCAAAAUUAUUUUAUUUGGAUUCUAUUAGUGUUAUGGAUCGUGCUUUACAAUUAGGAAGAUCAAAUGCACUUAUGUCUUAUACAGUAGAAGCAAACACUGUAUUAAAUAGUAUGUCUGAAAAACUUAACUUCGCUGAAAAAGAGUUUCAGUCUUGUACUGAAGAGAUAAGAAAAUUAGAAGAAAAAUAUACUGGAUUAUUGACUAAGACAACAUAUGUCAUGACUGAAGAAGAUAUAAUCCAAAGUUUGUUUAUGGCAACUAUAGUUGUAUUAUCAUAUUUUUUCUGGUCUAUUAGUUAAUAAUAAUAAUAAUAAUAAUAUAAUAUGAAAUAUAAAAUAAUAUAUUUUUUAUUAACAA